UUCAAACAACAUGAUCCCCAACUCUCAACAAAAAAAAAACCAUGAAAACAUUAAAAAUUACCAACAUGUUCCUCCCGGAUCCAAACAUUUAAAGCCAACUUCCUAUAAAUAAACAUAAAAUCUCACAAUCACAUCACUAUCUAUAACACAUCCAUAAUUUCCAACACAGAAAAUCAAACCCAAAACACAUAAAAUGGGGUGUGUUAUAAAACUCAUAGAUGCAAUUUUAUUGGUGUUCUUCUUGUUAAUGUCAAUUGUUAUCCCAUUGUUUGAUGCUCAAAAUUGUUUGCCAAAAGAAUAUUAUCCAAAUGUUUUGGUAGAUCUAAAUUCGUGGUAUAUGAAUGACUAUGGAGAUUAUUUGGUGGCUGAAAAGCCACAUUUCUUUGUGGGUCUUAUUUGGAUGGAAGUUGUUGUUCUUUGGCCGCUGUCGAUCUUGAAUGUUGUGGGUAUUAUUUCUUCGAAAUCUUGGUUUACCACUACCUGCUUGAUGUUUGGAUCCUCCGUCGCUACCUCGAUGGCUGCAAUACUCUCCGAACUCUUUAAUUCUGGCAAAGCAUCAGACAAGUUGAAGAUGGUGUACUUACCAUUCAUGGGUUUGGCUAUCUUGGCAAUCCUGCGUGGUAUGCUCCCAUCAUCAUGCAAGACUAAAGCUGUCAGCAAAAGUGCAGUGGCAGGUAGGAAGAAGAGGGCUUGAAGUUACUAACUGGCAUCACAAGUAGAAUUUUUCUUAUCAACUGUCUGUUGGAUGAUAUUGUUCCUAUGGCCACAAUUACAGAAACUCUUGUUUUUGAGCCCUGAUCACACAAUUCACAAUGUACUUGCCAAAGAUGAGACUUCUGUAUUUCAUUAAUUCUUUCAAUUA